GAUGAUGACAAGCAUUCAAUGGAGGGAAGAGCGAUGGCAAACCCUCAAUCCCAAUCCCAGUGCUGCGAGAAUCCACCCACAUUGAACCCCUCCUCCGGCCAUGGCUCCGUCGUCGAGAAUCUCGGAGGACUCAAGGCCUACACUGCCGGCUCCCCGGAAUCCAAACUCGCUGUGCUCCUUGUCUCCGAUGUUUACGGAUUUGAAGCACCAAAUUUAAGGAAACUAGCUGAUAAAGUUGCUGCUGCUGCUGGGUAUUUUGUGGUGGUCCCUGAUUUUCUCCAUGGUGAUCCUUAUGUUCCUGAGAAAGUUCCUUUCCCAACUUGGUUACAAGCUCAUGGCGCAGCUAAAGGAUUUGAAGAAGCAAAACACAUUGUUGAAGCUCUGAAAAGUACAGGGACAUCUGCAAUUGGUGCAGCUGGAUUUUGCUGGGGUGCCAAGGUUGUGGCAGAAUUAGCAAAAUCUGAAGACAUAAAAGCUGCUGUGAUGUUGCAUCCUUCUUUUGUCACUGUAGAGGAUAUUAAAGAGAUUAAGGUGUCUCUUGCUGUGCUUGGAGCUGAGAUUGAUCGUACUUCUCCACCUUCUCUCUUGAAGGAGUUUGAGAAGAUUUUAUCCACUAAAUCUGAGGUAGAUAGCUUUGUGAAGAUCUUUCCUGGGGUUGCACAUGGAUGGACUGUGAGAUAUGAUGUGCAUGAUGAGGCUGUGGUGAAGAGUGCCGAAGAAGCUCACCAGAACAUGUUAGAAUGGUUCUCCAAGUAUCUUAAAUAAGGAACAUCUAUUCAAAUAUAUUACCAUUUGUGUGCAAUAUGGAUGCUGAUGCCUUGUAUGGAUGUUUGAGAUCUUUUGCUUUUAUAUCAACAUUUGUGUUCAAUAUAUAGCUCACAACCAUGCUUUUGUUUGUCA